CUAGUUGACUGGUCUUGUAUGGAAAGAUCAUAAACACCGACGACGCGACGCCGCUAGUAUACUUAUUAAUUAAAUAUUAAAAAUAAUAUUUAUUUUUUAAAAAAGCGAAUCGGUAACAUUGUAAGGAAGAGUUAAGCGCUGUAACUGUAACAACGGAGAUGGCGCGGUGGUGGUGGAAAUCAGCGGCGUUAGUAGCCAUAACCGCCUUAUUAUUAAGAUCGUACGGUGGAGAUUUUACGACUGGAUUGGAUAAAGAAUCAUUGAUGAAAUGGAUGAGUGAUUUAUCGGAUAAAUUAGGGAUUUGGGCGAUUCCUCUUUACAUUUCUAUUCACACUAUUUCCAUUGCUCUUUGUUUACCUUCCGCUAUUUUCCUUGAAACUGGUGCUUCUAUUCUCUUCGGUUUCUUCCCUUCCGUUCUUUGUGUUUUCUCCGCUAAGAUCCUCGCUGCUUCUCUUUCGUUCUCCGUUGGAAGGUUAAUAUUCAGGAAUUCAAGCUCAGCCAUGGAUUGGGCUCGAAGGAACAAAUAUUUCAAAAUCCUUACGAAAGGAGUUGAGCGAGACGGCUGGAAGUUCGUUCUACUUGCCCGCUUCUCGCCCGUGCCUUCCUAUAUUAUUAACUAUACCUUAGCUGCUACCGAUGUUAGGUUCUUUUUGGAUUUUCUUCUUCCUACCAUCGUUGGAUGCGUCCCCAUGAUCUUGCAGAAUACAUCUAUUGGAAGCCUCGCCGGUGCAGCUGUUGCAACCGCCUCUGGCUCUAAGAAAUCUCAAUUUUGGUCCUACUUUUUCCCCAUAGUUGGUAUUUUAUCAAGUGUACUAAUUUCUUUGAGAAUUAAGAAGUAUUCAUCCCAAAUUUCAGUACCGGAAAUAUCUUCCGACAAAGAUAACACAAUCGAAUCAAAACAACAGUAACAAACCUUGUCUAGUAGACUGUUUUUUUGUAAGCAAAAUGAUAGUAAAUUAGUUGCUCGAUAGUACUCAUUCGGCUUCACUCACAUUACCAAUUGAACUGACUGUUUCAUCCAAUAGUGUUUGAGACAAUAGUGAAUAGACUGUAUUUUUGUAUGAUUGUUUUUCUUGUUAGUAGUAACAUUUAUAUGACUUUUAUUGCUAUGAAUAUUUUGUUAUGUGUCU